AUGGCGUUCACGGCGGCUGUUCAGGAGUUCGCGAUGCACCGGGGCACGAUUGGCUGCGGGGUCUCCAAAAUGCGGCGCUUGUCGACCAACCACAACGCGUGUCUCCAGAUUCUGAUCUUCAUUGGCGACCCAGCCCGUCCACGAUUCGCUGCAACUCUCCUAUCGUGGAGCAGCCAGGCUCUCCAGCGGAUAUUCGUGGCGUUCAAUGCUGCCUCGUCCUCGGCCGUCCUUGCAGCUGCUCCAGGGCUUCUUGUUGGGUUGAGAGGUCGAGACAAGUUUCGAGAGGAGGAUACUGAGCACGCGAAGGCCAACGGUUCGCUUCUCGGACAUGAGAGACUGUUCUUGACGAAAGUUGAGCUCCAGUAA